ACACCUUACUGCGGUAAGAUAUUCUCUCUCCUGACUCUCUCUCACACACACACACAUUGACCAUGAGGCUGGUUUUCCUGAUCAGCGUUUGUGUUCUCGUCUGUUUGGCUGCCGUCACGGCAGCAGACGACAGCACCACACCCAGAGAGGCCAACUGCCAGAACUAUGUAACUGAUGUGUGUACACGUGAACUUAUUCCAGUGUGCGGCGACGAUGGCGUAACCUACUCUAAUGAGUGCAUGCUGUGCGUGACAAGCAGGCAUCAGAAUAAAAAUGUCAUGGUGGUGAAGAGUGGACAAUGCUAGAACGCCUAGCUGCAACGUGUUUAUGACACUGCUCAGUAACAUUAGUAGAGGAAAUGUAUUAUUAUUUUUGGCCCAGUAGUAGCAGUAUGCUAAAAAAAACACACAAAGACAAAAACAAUCUAAGUAAUGAUUCUUUUUCAUGAAUAUAAUAUAUUUUUGACAUGAGAAGAUUUCAAGGCUGUAAUGUUCGUUUUUUUGUUUUGUUUUGUUUUUCUGCACUGCACUAAUGGAUGCACUUUUACAAGAAUCGUGGUUAUGAUAUGAAAUAUUAACAUAUAAUUUUAUGGUGGAAAUAAUUAGGCCUGGUAUUGUGACCAAUUUGUGAUUCGAUUCGAUUCUUAUUUAUAUGGUUUUGAUUCGAUUCGAUUUAGGGUUAGAUUGAUUUGAUUCAAUAUUAAUUAGUUAUCAAUGUUUCAUUUAAAAUGUUAGUUUUGCACACAUGGAAUCCAAAUUUUAAUAUAAAUUCUGGUAACUGAAACCCUGCUACUUAGCUACAUUACUGAAAUACACAUUUACUUUAACACACACAAUUAUCUUUAAUUUUUUUUUCUUUUACUUGAGUAAAAAAGAAAUCAUAAAUAAAAACAAACGGUAACACAAACUGCACACUACUGUAAUAAAUAAAAAUAUAAACACUGUAAAUGUGCAACAGUGAAAUUCGUUAACAACUUGAAACAUGUUUAAGAAAUAAAACCGUUUUCAAAAUUUAAAACAUCUUCAGGACGGGAGACGAACUACAGAUAUCGAUAUCGUUUCUUUAAAUUGAAGUUCGAUUAAAAUCAGAGAAUCUAUAUUUAUUACCCAGGCCUAGAAAUAAUCAUCUGUUUCUAAUGUAUAUGCUCAAACAUCGUCAUUAUUAAUGCUGAAAAACUGUAGAAUCAACAACAAACAAAUAAAUAAACAUGAUUUCUAUGUCCUCCAGUCCAAAACUCUGAAGUCAAUAUUUUUUAUUUGAAUUUUUACCUCUUUUAAGCGUAAUGUGUGUUUGUAUAAUAUUGUUAUUGUUGUUGUUUUAAUUUCUUUAAGGAGUUUGUAAGUAGUGAAAGUUUGCCAACUGAAAUUUUCACAACAAUUCCCAAACAAACACAAAAGCACCGCUUGGCCACACCCUAAACACGUGACCAGGAAGCUGUGUCGAUGAAAUGAAGUAAAUGUUUGAGAUUUUUAUUACAUUUUGCUGGUUUUAAGCAUUUAUUUCUAGAAAGAAUCAAAGUCGACUCAGAGACUCAUAUUUAAUAUAUAAUAUUAUAUAAUUGGUUUAUUGUAAUCUUUUACAAUCGGAAAUAAUAAAUUUGACUAUUUUCACUUGC